AUUUUGAAAUUGGCCCCAGCUCAAAGCCCAGCGAAAAUACGAAAAACCAGGAAAUCCUUUUGUUAAUAAGACCCCAAAAAAAAAAAAGAAAAAAAAAAAGUAAAAUCCUUGUGCGGCUCUUCCAGCUGCGUCGACGGAGUGCUCGGAGAAGUUUAAAAAUCCCAGCACCGUCCUUGAAGAUAAGCCGUUGAAGAAGCAGAGGAAUGAAUUCAUCGAUGAUGCUCCGUCGUUUGUUCUGCUUCAACGCCGCAUCAACACCGGCAGCUUCUUCUGUUUCUACUUCCAAGAAGAAGCCACUUGUCUUCUUGGGUUCUCCUCAGCUAUUGUCCGAAUUUAGACAUAUUGGUGGUCUUGUCAUUGUCUCUCCAUCAUGUUUAUUGACAUUCAAAAGAGGCUUCCGGGGGACAUUCUUCUUCCACAUGAAUUUCCCAACAUGGGCAUUGUCCUGUGGAGCAAAGAAAAUGUGGUUGAAUGUAACAGUACAGGUUACAGCAAUUGUUACUCAGCCACCUACUAGAAGAGAUAGGAGCAGAAAGGUGAUGCCUUCACCUGUGGCUCAAUAUGCCCUUGAUCGAGGCUUUCCCUCUGACCUAAUUUUCACACCUGAACAUGCUGGAGAGUUUAUGCUAAUUAUCUUGAAGUUUCAAUGUGUUUUCUCAGGGACAGUUAAUAUACACCCAAAUCUGCUCCCAUUAUAUCGUGGUGCUGCUCCUGUUCAAAGAGCGUUACAGGAUGGUGUUAAAGAAACUGGGGUGUCACUAGCACUCACUGUACAUGCAUUAGAUGCUGGACCUGUCUUUGCCAGUGAAAGAAUAGAAGUUGAUGAUCAGAUUAAGGCAGGAGAUUUACUUGCUAUGCUAUUUUCUGAAGGUUCUAAACUUCUCAUUCGUGAGCUUCCCUGCAUCUUUGAUGGAUCAACUAGGGAAAAGCAGAACCUCAAGAUGAUUUUAAAGCUACAUUAGCUCCAAAGAUAACUCUUGAAGAAUCAUGGUUAUCCUUUGAUCAAGAAGCUUUAAUGCUAUAUAAUAAGGUUUGUGCAUUUGCAGGGUGGCCAGGAACCCAAGCUAAAGUUCUACUUGUUGACAACAAAAAUGGCAACCACAAUAUCCUAGAACUCAAAAUAGUCACUACUGGAGUAUGCUCUGAUAGCAAUAUUCAACGUAACGAAGCAGAUGACAUUGCUCUUAUCAAGGGUAAUUUGAUAUUUCCUUGUGGAUGACGGACUGAACUUGAGGUAUUGGAGGUUCAGCUUCCCGGUAAGAAGGUAGUAAGUGCUGCUGCCUUUUGGAAUGGUUUGCGAGGUCAUAAGCUGAAGAUUACGACAAUGGAGACACCUUAUAUGACAGCACGAAAUGUUGAUUGAGAUCUCGAUUGGUAGUUCUUCUAUUCUCUUGUCAUCAAGAUAUGUUUAUACUUCCAUGCAAAGUUAACUUUCAUUGGUUUUUCUUGUAGCAUAAAAUUUAGUCAAUAAGCCUUGCUCUACCUG